AUGGGGGCGUUCAACGAAUUACUCCAUCACUGACUGGAGCCGAGAGCCCUGCCUCUUUUCUCAUUGGACUGCGCGGCCAAGCCAAGCUGUCAGCCCAUGUGGCGUGUCCAGGCAGAAUGUGAGACAUUUAAAUUCACCGGAGAAAAAAAGAGUCAAAGGAGCCCGAAGGCUAACGUCAAGCUUAUUGACAAGGAAACGACAGAGACAGACAUUCCUCCCCGUGGAUACAAUAAGAGUAACAGCUCCUUGGACCAUCACAGGAUAGCGAACGAAAAUUAAACAUUUCUCCAAGUGGUCCGAUUUCGUUAUUUUCCAGGCACAUCAAAACUAGUCUUGACAACACAGCAUGGAUGAAAUAGUUAUAGCAGGAAUAUCGGGCCGUUUGCCUGAGUCUAACAACCUGGAGGAAUUCUGGGAUAACCUCAUCAAUGGUGUGGACAUGGUGACUGAGGACAACAGGCGAUGGACACCAGGUCUGUAUGGUCUACCAAAGAGGAAUGGUAAACUGAAAGACAUCAGCCACUUUGAUGCAGCCUUUUUUGGAGUCCACCCUAAACAAGCCAACACCAUGGACCCCCAGCUCCGUCUCAUGCUGGAGAUCGCCUACGAGGCUAUCAUAGAUGGAGGGCUGAACCCAGCCACGAUGCGUGGCAGUAAGACAGGCGUCUACAUCGGGGUGAGUGGCGCAGAGGCUGGCGAGGCGUUCAGCAGAGAUCCAGAGGAGCUCCUGGGCUACAGCAUGACCGGCUGCCAGCGGGGCAUGUUGGCCAAUAGACUUUCCUACUUCUUUGACUUCAGCGGCCCUAGCACUGCUAUCGACACAGCCUGCUCCUCCAGCUUGCUCGCUUUAGAAAACGCUUUUCAUGCCAUUCGCCAGGGCCACUGUGAUGCUGCUCUGGUGGGGGGAGUCAACCUGCUACUCAAGCCAAACACCUCAGUGCAGUUCAUGAAACUGGGCAUGCUCAGUCCUCAGGGGACCUGCAAAUCCUUUGACUCAUCAGGAAAUGGAUACUGCCGUUCUGAGGCAGCAAUGGCAGUACUGUUGACCAAGCGGUCGGUGGCUAAAAGGGUCUAUGCCACAGUGGUCAAUGCUGGAAAUAACACAGAUGGAUACAAAGAGCAGGGUGUAACAUUUCCUUCAGGUGAGAUGCAGCAGAGGCUGGUUCAUUCUCUCUACCAGGAGGCGAAUAUAUCUCCUGAGCAAGUGGAGUAUGUUGAAGCCCACGGCACUGGUACUAAGGUUGGUGACCCACAGGAAGUGAAUGGCAUUGUUAAUGUGUUCUGUCAAUCAAAACGAGAGCCUCUGCUUAUUGGCUCCACUAAGUCUAACAUGGGUCAUCCAGAGCCAGCCUCUGGUCUGGCUGCCCUGGCAAAGGUGUUGCUUUCUUUGGAGAGAGGAGUCUGGGCUCCAAACCUGCACUUCAACAAUCCUAACCCUGACAUUCCUGCCCUCACCGAUGGUCGGGUUCAAGUAGUUGACCGGCCUAUUCCUGUUCAAGGUGGCAUUGUGGGUAUCAACUCCUUUGGAUUUGGAGGUUCAAAUGUUCAUGUGAUCCUUCGUCCAGCCAAAAAAUCGGCUCAUGAAACUGCACUGCCUAGAACAGUCCCCAGGGUGCUUCAGGCCUGUGGCCGUACAGAGGCUGCGGUGAAGGCCAUGCUCCAAAAAGGGAAGGAACACACUGUAGAUGACAGCUUCCUCUCUUUGCUGAAUGAAGUGUCAGGGGUUCCAACUGCCAGCAUGCCCUACAGAGGCUACACUUUGAUUGACUCUCAAAGUGAUGUCAUUGAAGUGCAGCCGGUGCAUUUCACUGGCAGGCCACUUUGGUACAUCUGUUCAGGUAUGGGAACACAGUGGGCAGGUAUGGGCCGCACUCUCAUGCAGCUGCCAGACUUCAGAAAAUCCAUCUUGCGGUCAGAUGCAGCCCUGAAGGACACUGGCUUGGUUGUGUCUUCCCUACUCAUGGAGGCAGACGACGCCACUUUUGAAGACACCGUUCAUGCCUUUGUUGGCCUUGCUGCUAUACAGAUAGCGGAGAUCGAUCUGCUCACUAAGCUGGGUCUGCAGCCUGAUGGCAUCGUAGGACACUCAGUGGGUGAGCUGGCCUGUGGCUAUGCUGAUGGCUCCCUCAGCCACAGUGAGGUCAUCCUUGCUGCCUAUUGGAGAGGCCGCUGCAUCAAGGAGGCCAAUCUUCCUCCAGGAGGCAUGGCAGCAGUUGGAUUGACCUGGGAGGAGUGUCUGGCUCAAUGUCCUCAGGGAGUGGUCCCAGCCUGCCAUAACGCUGAAGACACUGUCACCGUCUCCGGUCCUCAGGAAGCAAUUAGUAAAUUUGUGCAGGAGCUGAAAGAGCAGGGAGUGUUUGCAAAGGAGGUGCGCAGCGCUGGCGUCGCUUUCCACUCCCACUACAUGGCCUCUAUAGCUCCAACCCUGUUGGCUGCUCUGAAGAAGGUGAUCAAGGAGCCACAACAGCGUUCAUCCCGCUGGGUGAGCACUAGCAUCCCUCAGUGUGAAUGGGACUCUCCUCUGGCUCUGUACAGCUCAGCUGACUAUCAUGUCAACAAUCUGGUGAGCCCUGUGCUGUUCCAGGAGGCUCUCAGUCUGGUACCUGAAAACGCUGUGGUGGUGGAGAUAGCACCUCAUGCUUUGUUGCAGGCCAUCCUAAAGCGCAGCUUGAAGCACACUUGUUCCAUUCUUCCCUUAAUGAAAAGAGGCCACAUCAACAACCUUGAGUUCUUCCUCUCAAACGUUGGCAAAAUCUACAUGAAUGGCAUCAAUGUGGAUAUUAACAACCUCUGCCCAGAAGUGGAGUACCCUGUGCCAGUUGGUACCCCCCUGAUCUCCCCCUUGGUGCAAUGGGACCAUGCUCAGACCUGGGAUGUGCCCAAGGCAGAGGAUUUUCUUUCUGGAUCAGGAGCAUCCAAUUCUGCCACUGUCUAUAACAUUGACAUAAAUCCAGAAUCGACCGACUACUACCUGAUUGGACACUGCAUUGAUGGGCGUGUCCUCUACCCGGCAACGGGUUACCUGGUCCUGGCCUGGCGUACCUUGGUUAGAAAUCUGGGGGUUGUCAUGGAUGCCACCCCUGUAACCUUUGAAGAUGUGACCAUCCAUAGGGCCACCAUCCUACCAAAGACCGGCUCUGUCCAGUUGGAGGUGCGUCUCAUGCCUGCCACCAACAAGUUUGAGGUUUCAGAGAAUGGAAACCUGGCUGCCAGUGGUAAGGUGAGCAUUCUGGAAGAUGCAGCCCUGAAUUCAUUCCACAGUCAAAUAAAUCAGCGACCUGCCAAAAACAGUGGUGACCCCAAAAUGAAGCUUACAGCAAAUGAGAUCUACAAGGAGCUCCGACUGCGUGGCUAUGACUAUGGGAAGACCUUCCAAGGCCUCUUAGAGUCCAGCAAUGCAGGAGACACCGGGACACUUCAGUGGACAGGCAACUGGAUAACCUUUUUGGACACCAUGCUGCAGAUGAUUGUUGUAGGGCUAUCAGGGCGUAGCCUGCGUUUGCCAACCAGGAUACGCUCAGUGUGUAUUGAUCCAGCUGCUCAUUUAGAGAAGGUCUACACCCACACUAAUGGAAAGCAAGCCAUUGAAGUCCACCUAAACCAUUGCCUUGACAACAUUGUUGCUGGUGGAGUUCAGAUCUGCGGCCUGCAUGCCACUGUGGCCCCUCGUCGGCAACAGCAGCAGAGUCCCCCCACACUGGAGGAGUUUUUGUUUGUUCCCUAUGUAGAGACAGAAUGCCUGAUAGCCAAUGAGAAACUUGCAGAGCAGCUGAGGCUUUGCAAAGGUUUAAUCUAUAGACUGCAGCAAAAGUUGGCCCCUCAUGGUGUCAAGCUCUCUAUCCCUGGGCUACAAGGGGAGUCAGAUGGCCCUCUUCCCACCCCAGAGCUUUCUGAGCCUGGCCUGGUGCGAUUGCUUUCACUGCUCUGUGGCCUGGAGCUCAACGGAAACCUUCGAUCUGAGCUUGAACAGACCGUGGAGAAGGAGAGGGCUUGUCUGCUGCAAGACAGCCUGUUGCAGGGCCUGCUAGACAACCGGGCUUUUAGGCACUGCCUGGACACUACCACAGAAAACAGCAUGCCUGGCAAGAUCAAAGUUCUAGAGGCUCUGUCCAAUGAUGGACAACUCUUCUCUCGCGUGGUAGCCCUCCUCCAUAUCCAGCCCAUGCUGCGUGUGGAUUACACUGCCACGGCGACCAACCUGGAUCUCCUGGCCCCCCACCAGGCCAAGUUGGAGGAGCUGGCGGUGACUUCAGCUCAGUGGGACCCCCUGACAGGCCCCGCACCUGGAGGUGUAGUAGGAGGGGCAGAUCUGGUGUUGUGUAACCAUGCCUGGGGUGGUCUAAGGAUAAAUCCUGGACUGCUGGUGACAAAUCUGGCUUCUGGAGCCAAACCAGGGGGGUUUGUUCUCCUUCACACCCUGCUGAAAGGAGAGACUCUGGGAGAAACUGUUGCCUUCCUCUCCAGCACCACUCAGAGUAGUAGCCAGCAAGGACUGCUCACACAGUCUGAGUGGGAGAAGGUGUUCUCUGAGGCUUCCCUCAGCCUGGUGGCUGUCAAGAAGUCUUUUUAUGGCUCUGCCCUGUUUCUUUGUCGCUGUCGGUCUCCAGCCAAACAGCCCAUUUUCCUGCCUGUAGACAGUACUGACUACAAUUGGGUGGAGACACUCAAGGCGAUGAUGGUGGAGUCAUCAGACUCUCCAGUGUGGCUGACUGCCUCUCAGGCUCAUUGUGGCAUUGUGGGAAUGGUCAACUGUCUACGGCAGGAGCCAGGUGGCAACCGAAUACGCUGUGCGUUUGUGUCCAAUCUAAAUGAUGCUUCAGCAGCACAGAGUCUCCAGCCUGGCCAGAGGUCAAUGCAAUCAGUACUGGAGGGGGAUCUGGUUAUGAAUGUAUUCAGAGACGGACAGUGGGGUGCCUUCAGGCACCAGUUCAUCACUCACGAUAUUAAUGAAGAACUGACAGAGCACGCUUAUGUCAAUGUGUUGACUCGAGGUGACCUGUCUUCUCUGCGAUGGAUUGCUUCACCACUCCGUCACUUUGUGACCAGCAACUCCAACAUGCAACUGUGCCGUGUUUACUACAGCUCACUUAACUUCAGAGAUAUAAUGCUGGCCACUGGGAAACUGCCACCAGAUGCUAUUCCAGGUGACCUAGCUCUGCAGCAGUGCAUGUUAGGUAUGGAGUUUUCUGGUCGUGACCCUAAUGGUCGACGUGUGAUGGGGCUGCUGCCUGCUAAAGGCCUGGCAACAAGUGUGGAUGCUGACAAACGGUUCCUCUGGGAUGUUCCCUCCAGCUGGACACUGGAGCAGGCAGCCUCAGUGCCUGUGGUCUAUGCCACAGCCUAUUACUCUCUGGUGGUACGUGGCCGGCUCCGUCCUGGAGAGACUGUUCUUAUUCACUCUGGAUCAGGCGGCGUUGGCCAGGCCGCCAUCGCCAUAGCACUAAGCAGGAAAUGUAAAGUCUUCACCACUGUUGGCUCAAAGGAGAAGCAGGCCUACCUGCAGAAGAGGUUCCCUCAACUCUCAGCAGAGUCCUUUGCUAACUCUAGAGACACCUCUUUUGAACAACACAUCCUGCUCCAUACAAACGGCAAAGGUGUGGAUGUGGUGCUGAACUCUCUGGCUGAGGAGAAGCUGCAGGCUAGCAUUCGCUGCCUAGCCAGGCAUGGGCGAUUUCUAGAGAUUGGCAAAUACGACCUGUCCAACAAUUCCCCACUAGGCAUGGCUUUAUUCCUUAAGAAUGUGGCAUUCCACGGCAUCCUGCUGGAUGCGCUCUUUGAAGAGGGUAACCAUGAGUGGGAGGAAGUGUACCAGCUGGUAAAGGAAGGCAUUGAUGGAAGUGAAGUUCAGCCUCUAAAGACCACAGUGUUUGAGAGGGACCAAGUGGAGGAAGCGUUCAGAUACAUGGCUCAGGGCAAGCACAUUGGCAAGGUCCUGUUGCAGGUCUGUAAUGAGGAGAGGGGUGUAGCUGUCCAAAUUGCUUCCCCUUUGUCUUUACCAGCUAUGUGUCGCACCUUUUGCCAUGCCUCACACUCCUACAUUAUCACUGGUGGACUGGGAGGCUUUGGCCUGGAGCUUGCUCAGUGGCUGACAGAGAGAGGAGCCCGCAAACUGGUGCUGACUUCCAGAUCAGGGAUCAGGAAUGGUUACCAGGCAAAGCGAGUGCGUGAAUGGCAGAGUCAAGAUGUGGAAGUGCUAGUGUCUACUAAUGAUGUCAGCACACUGGAGGGAACAGAGCGACUCAUCGCUGAGGCCUGUGCACUGGGCCCAGUGGGUGGUGUCUUCCACCUAGCCAUGGUGUUGAAAGAUGGCAUGUUGGAGAAUCUGACUCCUCAGCUCUUCCUUGAUGUUAACAAGCCUAAAUAUGAUGGUACCAUAAACCUUGACAAAGUGACAAGAAAGUUGUGUCCAUACCUCAGCUACUUUGUGACAUUCUCCUCAGUCAGCUGUGGCCGUGGCAAUGCCGGCCAAAGUAAUUAUGGUUUCGCCAACUCAGCCAUGGAGCGUGUGUGUGAAAAGCGGCACUAUGAUAGCCUACCUGGACUGGCAAUCCAGUGGGGUGCUAUUGGUGAUGUGGGCGUGGUCCUGGAGACCAUGGGUAGCAAUGAAACAGUGGUUGGUGGCACCCUACCACAGCGCAUCACAUCUUGCUUGGAGGUGCUCGACCUCUUCCUGUGCCAGCAGAAGCCAGUUAUGUCUAGCUUUGUACUGGCAGAGAGGACGGUGGUAAAGAGUGAAGCAGGAAGCCAGAGAAACUUGGUGGAUGCUGUAGCACACAUUCUGGGUGUGCGGGAUGUGAACAGCCUGAAUGCUGAUGCCUCAUUGGCUGACCUGGGCCUGGACUCCUUGAUGGGCGUUGAAGUACGCCAGACUCUGGAGCGUGACUAUGACAUCAUCAUGACCAUGAGAGAGAUCCGCCAGCUCACCAUCAACAAGCUGCGAGAGCUGGGCAAUAGCAAUCCAGGUGGAUCACAUGAAUCUCACCAUGCUACAGCUAAGAGGGAUGGCAUUCACUCUUUGUUGGAGUCUGAUCUGACUCAACUAUUGGUGAACCCUAAUGGCCCCACAGUGAUGCCACUCAACACGGCACAGAGCCAGGAAAGGCCACUGUUCCUGAUCCAUCCCAUUGAGGGCUCCACUGUCGCCUUUAAAACACUUGCUGUCAAGCUUAGCAUGCCCUGCUAUGGCCUGCAGUGCACGAAAGAUGCUCCCCUUGACAGCAUCCAGUCCCUAGCAGCCUACUAUGUUAACUGUAUCAGACAGGUUCAGCCAGACGGACCGUAUCGAAUUGCUGGAUACUCUUUUGGUGCCUGUGUGGCAUUUGAAAUGUGCUCUCAGCUUCAAAGCCAGAAUCUGUCUGUGGAGUAUCUCUUUCUGUUUGAUGGAUCACACUCCUAUGUGGCAGCAUAUACACAGACUUACAGGGCCAAGUUGACACCAGGCAAAGAGUCUGAGGCUGAAACUGAAGCCCUGUGUGCCUUCAUCCAGCAGUUCACCGGCAUCGAGUACAACAAGCUCCUAGAGACUCUUCUCCCACUGUCAGACCUGGAGGCCCGCGCCAAUAUUGCAGUGGACCUGAUCACUUCUAGCCACAAGAACAUCAGCCGGGACUCAUUGCACUUUGCAGCCACCACCUUCUACUAUAAGCUGAAGGCUGCUGAUGGCUAUGUGCCUGCAGCAAAAUACCAUGGCAAUGUGAUGCUACUUCGUGCCAAAACCAGCAGCAACUAUGAACAAAACCUGGGGGCUGACUACAAGCUCAGUGAGGUAUGUGAUGGCAAAGUGUCAGUCCACAUCAUUGAAGGAGAUCAUCGCACCUUCCUGCAAGGAGAAGGGGUGGAUUCCAUCAGCAGCAUCAUCCACAGCUCACUCGCUUAGCCAUGUGCUACAGCAAGGGAAAGCUAGACAUGACUGACUGACCACACCCUCCACUUUCCCACAAAUUCCACAACAUUCCAGAAUGAGUCUCCUCCUCUUAUCUGUUCAGGAUGUGUAAGUUUAACAUGCCCUAAUAACCCAAAUGCACCUUAUUCCUCUUUAUUGUAUAUUUUCAAAGCUCAUUGGUCAUUUCAAGUAAUGGACACUCCCUAACCUAAGCGUCAAAGCUAUUAGCUGGUAAUGUAAUGUGCUGUCAGUAUGUUUGUUUGUUUGUAGAGUAUAAGUAGGGCCUUCUAAAUUAUGUCUCAUUGUCUUGUCUUUUUUUGGAUUGCAGUAGGAAUGCAAAUCUUUUCAGGAGUUUAUCUAAUCAAGAGUCAGCUCUAUAGCAAUGAUAACUAAUUAAUCAUUUAUCAAAUUUUAUAGCAUAUCUCUGUAUAUCAGGCAAAAGUAGGUAUUAGGAAAAAGUAAAACCUUUGAAUUAUUACAUUACACAAAAACAAUUAAUCAUACAAAAUAGUUGAAUUGCUGUUUGUGCAUGCUCCUGGACCACCAGUCAGUAUUCAUAAAAUGAAUGAAAUGAAAGUAAUAUUCAAGACUCAACCCCUCGGAUACAGAUCUAACUAAUUUAGAACUGCAAAUGUAUACCAUAAAAUAGACAACCAUCUACAUUAUGGUCGUCUAUUUUAUAGUUAUGUUUCUGUAAAAUUUAAAAGUUGUGUGUCUGUUCACUCACUAGCCCAGCUACUAAGUCACUUGUUCAGGUGGAGCCAGUGUCCAGGGGAUGUACAAAUGCUGUUGAGCCAAUUUUUCCUGCCCAGGAAAUCUUUGAUUUUCCCUCUGAGAGUGAAUGACUGUUACAUCUAGAGUUUCAGACCUCACUGUAAGCAUGUGUAGAGUGAUUACCUACAAGGAGUAAUAGUUUGAACAACAAGAUGAUUCUGAUGACUUUUUAGAUGUCAAAACACUGCACAGCAUUUCAUAAAACUAUGAGCAAGAAUUUCACAACUCUGAAAAGUUAUUAGAGUUUUGAUUUUAUCUUACCCUUGCUAGAACAAACACCCAACUCAUGGUACAAAAUAAUCUAUUCAUUGCUGGUUAACAUAACAUUUUUUUUCUCAGAGCCACUGUUUUUUUAACAUAUCUACAGUGUGGUGUGUAGUGUAAUUUCCAUAUCAGUACACUGAAAAAUCAUCUAGUUUAGCAUAGCAUGAAAAGCUGGCUCUGUAGCUGUGGUCAGAAAAGUAAUUCCAAGUCUGCUUCCUUGUAGCUUUGAUCACAUUUAUGCUGCCAAAUGCUAUUUCAUAAUUGUACACUGGUGCAUGUUUACAAGGACUCACAUCUUCUACUUCAAAUGCUUUUACUGUACCUGUAUAUGUCCUUACCAGUGAAAUCCCACAGUGAAGCUCUGCUCAUGUAUGGCAUCUUUAUAUAUGCACCCAAACCUGUUAAAGUUCCAUGGUAUAAUUACUCCUGACCUGCAAUAGUUGGCUAAUAUUCACUGGUAAUACAACCAAUUUAUGGAAAGCCUCAAAGCUACAAACACAAUAUGUCAUUAAGAAAAUGUUUUCACAAUGUAUUACAAUUAAGGAUAAUAUGGAAUGAGCAUACUGAAUGACCUCCACUGAUCAUACUAAACUAUAAAAUGGAUGCUUUUAAAUUCACAGUGUGUUUACAGGGUUGUUUAAAAAAUAUAAUUCUUAUUGUAAAGAAUUUUCAGUACUAGGAAAAUCCCAUAUGUCCUUAUGUCCUCAUACUGAAAUGAAAUUUAGUUAUAACCUCAACACUAUCAACUGCUAGCUGGCUUGUACCCAAUAAGCAAUAAGUAAUGUCUCAUCCACCAUAUUGAACAGUAACAAACAAGAACAAAGAAAAACAAGAAAAUGUAGAUACCUGAUGAGCUGAAAGGGUCCGCUCAGAUCAACUUUGCCCAGCUGAUAAACCCAUUGAUGCCACCACAUUGUUGAGUUUUAGUCUGCUCCACAAAACGUCUAUGUGAACACAAGGUGUUUUGUGGGUGAAAACUAUUCAAAGUUACACUAUUUUGAUUGAUCCGUGGUAAUGUAUUGAAGAGGUUCGAUACAUAAAUAGUAAAUGAUGCAUCCUUUCCCAAAUCAGGAUUUAGAUUAUGAAUGACUACUAAGGCACCUAUUCCAUUCAUACAUAACUGAUCUGAACAGCUGGCCCCUGAGCAGUAGGGCAUCUUUGAUUGAAAAACUGUAUUUUCCCAGACCUGUCUCUGACUCCAAUGAUCCUAACUUGGUUUCAUGACCCCCAGCAAGCAGUCCAGUCCCACUAUUCAACAGACAACCUGACCUCUGAGACCUCUCAUCUGGUCUAUGAAGGGUCAGGUGAUAAGAAAAUGUGGUGAUUGAUUGCAGUAAAAAGGAGAAGGAAGUGACGGUAUAUGAAUAUUAAUAUUUCUAAUAUGUGUUGUGACUAAUAAAGGCAUUUAGCUAAUACUUUAA